CUGCUGGCCGCCGACGCGGCGGUCGAACGGGUCGCCGACGGGUUCCAGUUCAUCGAGGGACCGGUGUGGGUCGGGGGCGCGACCGACGGCCACCUGCUCUUCAGCGACAUCCCCGGCGAUACGGUCUACCGGUGGUCGGAAGCGGACGGGACCAGCGUAUUCCUCAGUCCGGUGUUUCUGCCCGAGCUCGAGACCGGCGGCCAGGGCGGCUCGAACGGGCUGACCCUCGACCUCGACGGCCGCGUCGUCCUGUCCGAGCACGGCAACCGCCGCCUCGCCCGGAUCGAGGCGGACGGCUCCCGGAUCACGCUGGCGGACCGCUACGAGGGCCGGCGUCUCAACAGCCCCAACGACAUCGUGUACCACUCGAGCGGGGCGGCCUUCUUCACCGAUCCGCCGUACGGGCUCGCCUCCCCCGACGCGGCGGAGCUCGGCUGGAACGGCGUCUACCGUCUCGACCCCGACGGCGCCGUCCGCCUCCUGGCCGACGGACAGACCCGGCCCAACGGCAUCGGGCUCUCACCCGACGAGCGCACGCUGUACGUGGCCAACUCCGACGGCGCCGCGCGGCAGUGGAUCGCCUAUCCCGUCGACGACGAUCUCGGCCUCGGCGAGGGUCGCGUGCUCCUCGACCUGACGAACAGCGCCGACGCCGGCGUGCCCGACGGCUUCGCGGUCGAUACCUCCGGCAACCUGUGGGCGAGCGGUCCCGGCGGCAUCGUGGUCAUCAGCCCGGAGGGGGAUCACCUCGGGACCACCGGGCUCUACCGGAUUCGCACCCGGGUCGCGGGCCUGAUGCCCUGA